AUGUCGACUCGAGCUGAGAAGCUAGCCACCCAAGCGGUGUUCUUCCCACUCCCGGCGCAGGGCCACGUCACGCCGGCACUGCACCUGGCCAAGCUCCUCCACGUCCGGGGACGCGUCAGCGUCACCUUCGUCCACUCCGACCGCAACCGCCGCCGCCUGCUCCGCACACGGGGCCCCGCUGCGCUGGCCGGCGCCCCGGGCUUUGGCUUCGCCUCCGUCCCGGACGGCCUUCCGCCGCCCUGUGGUGAAGACGACGACGACUCCCCGCAGGUCAUGGUCAGCCUGCUUGCGUCACUCGAUGCCUUUGUCCCGCACCUAAAGAAACUGCUCGAAGACCUGUCUGCCUCCGGAGCACCGUCAACAUGCGUCGUCUCCGACAUCGAUCCCGUCCUGCGCGCCGCCGCGGACGUCGGUGUCCGGGCGGUGGCCUUCUGGACGACGAGCGCCUGCGGGCUCCUGGCGUCCCUGCAUUGCCAGCAACUCAGCGACAAGGGCUUAGAUCCCCUCAAAGAUGAAGAGCAGCUGUGCAAUGGCUACCUGGACAGCACGGUCAUCGACCCGGCUCUACCGACGGCCGCGACCGCCGUCGUCCUCAACACGUUCGGCGAGCUGGAGGGCGAGGUCGUCGCCGCCAUGUCGGCCGUCCUUCCACCCAUCUAUGCCGUCGGCUCGCUCCCGCUGCUCACGGAAGCCGCCGCCGGCCCACUGGAGACGCUAAGCGCCAACCUCACCAAGGAGGACGACGGGUGCCUGGCAUGGCUCGGAAGCAAGGAACCCGGAUCCGUGGUGUACGCCAACUUCGGGAGCAUAGUCGUGCUGACGCCCCAGCAAAUCGAGGAGUUCGCGUGGGGGUUGGCCAACAGCGGCUACCACUUUCUGAUGGUACUCAGGGGCGCCAUGCAGGCGACGCUAGCGCCGGAGUUUGUCGAGGCGACCAAGGACCGGGGCUAUGUGACCAGCUGGUGCCCUCAGCGGGAGAGAAACGAAAGCCAGGUUCGUUGCGAGCAAGAACAGGAUGUUGCCAUCACCACCCUUCGCGUCACCCUCCGUGCCCACCUCCCUCAAGAUGGCGGCCUGUGUCGGGAUCCUGCUGCUCCACUUGAUGCCGCCUCGGGUGCCAGGAUCUGCCUCUCCAUCGACAACGCCAAUGAGGCCGACCCGGACCUCAAACUCGUCCAUUGCCGCGGCGGCUCGCAGCUCUGGGAGAGCUGA